CCGCCUCCCGCGCGCGCCCACCGGCUGCCCGGCUGCGCCGCUGCAUGUAGCCCCGGCUCCCCGGGAGACCGCGGAGGAGGAGGAGGAGGAGGAGAGGAGAGGAGAGGAGGGGGCGACCACAAGAUGGCGGACCUCUCGCUGCUGCAGGAGGACGCGCAGGAGGACGCGGACGGAUUCGGUGUGGAUGACUACAGCUCAGAGUCUGAUGUGAUUAUUAUACCUUCAGCCCUGGACUUUGUCUCACAAGAUGAGAUGUUGACGCCGCUGGGGAGAUUGGACAAGUAUGCUUCAAGUGAGAACAUAUUUAACAGACAAAUGGUGGCCCGAAGUUUAUUGGAUACGUUGAGGGAAGUCUGCGAUGACGAGAGAGACUGCAUUGCUGUUUUGGAAAGGAUUAGCAGAUUAGCGGACGAUUCGGAACCAACUGUGAGAGCAGAGCUGAUGGAACAGGUGCCUCAUAUCGCACUGUUUUGUCAAGAAAACCGACCUUCCAUCCCAUAUGCUUUUUCCAAAUACUUACUACCUAUUGUGGUUAGAUACCUUGCUGAUCAGAAUAACCAGGUAAGAAAAACAAGUCAGGCAGCUUUGCUGGCUCUACUGGAACAAGAGCUAAUCGAGCGAUUUGAUGUGGAGACCAAAGUGUGCCCGGUGCUUAUAGAGCUGACCGCCCCCGAUAGCAACGAUGAUGUAAAAACGGAAGCUGUAGCUAUAAUGUGCAAAAUGGCUCCUAUGGUUGGGAAGGACAUUACAGAACGUCUUAUCCUCCCUAGGUUUUGCGAAAUGUGCUGUGACUGCAGAAUGUUUCAUGUUCGAAAGGUCUGUGCUGCCAAUUUCGGAGACAUCUGCAGUGUAGUCGGCCAGCAAGCUACUGAGGAGAUGUUGCUGUCCAGGUUUUUCCAGCUCUGCUCAGAUAAUGUCUGGGGUGUCCGGAAGGCUUGCGCUGAAUGCUUCAUGGCGGUCUCAUGUGCAACUUGUCAAGAGAUCAGACGGACCAAAUUGUCAGCACUGUUUAUUAACCUGAUCAGCGAUCCUUCACGCUGGGUUCGCCAAGCAGCUUUUCAGUCUCUGGGACCUUUCAUAUCUACGUUUGCUAACCCAUCUAGCUCAGGCCAAUAUUUUAAGGAGGAAAACAAAAGUUCAGAUGAUGCGUCUGUAGAAGAAAAAAAUAGCAUGAGCAAUCACGAAGCCCCAGAGGAUAUUCAGAUCAGCCCCGAGGACAUUCCUCCAGCUCCUGCAGACCCCCCUGUUAGUAAUUCCAGUGUCCCGCUGGGAGACGGGACGGAAGACUGUGCUGAAACAUCUAGGAAAGCUCCGCGUGAAAUGGCUGUUCCGACGGACGGUUCUUUACUUUGUCCUUUGUCCUUAGAGUCUCACCAGGAAGCAGUCCCUAGUGAGACCGGCAAAAAGCCCGUCAACUGCAAACACACGUUGCCGCCAGAGGCUGGCCCAAGCGCACAGGAUUCAGCUGUCUUCGAUCAGGAAUUGUACAAUUCGUUCCAUUUCUGGAGGACUCCUCUUCCGGAAAUAGAUCUAGAUAUAGAGCUCGAGCAGGACUCUGGAAGUCAGUCUAACCAAGAGAAACCAGAAGCAGCAGGCGGACUGGCUUCACUGGGCUCUCCAAAUGUCACUGUGGCCACCCGCAAGGAGCUGGAAGAGAUGAUAGAGAACCUAGAACCCCACAUUGAUGACCCGGAUGUUAAAGCGCAAGUGGACGUGUUGUCAGCCGCACUUCGCGCGUCCAGCAUGGAAGAAGCCGGCGACGCAGCCCCGAGCCGAGCCGUGCAGGACGACGCGGGCACAGAUGAGCCGCCCGAGAGCCGAGCGAACCCAGGCGCCCCGGUGCCUUUCAUCAGCAGUGCCGUGGAGAACACGGACUCCUCUCUCCACUAUAUCCAUAACGAUUCAGACUUGAGCACCAGUGGUAGUUUUAGCCCCGACGAGGAAAGGCGAUCUAAAGUACAAGAUGUCGUACCUCAGGCUCUGUUAGACCAGUAUCUGUCCAUGACCGACCCCUCCCGGGCACAGACCGUUGACACUGAAAUCGCUAAGCAUUGUGCGUACAGCCUUCCUGGUGUGGCCCUGACCCUCGGCCGGCAGAACUGGCAUUGCCUGAGGGAGACCUAUGAGACCCUGGCGUCAGACAUGCAGUGGAAGGUUCGCAGAACGUUGGCCUUCUCCAUCCAUGAACUUGCGAUUAUUCUUGGAGAUCAGUUGACAGCUGCAGAUCUGGUUCCAAUAUUUAAUGGGUUUUUAAAAGAUCUUGAUGAAGUCAGAAUAGGUGUCCUGAAACAUUUGCAUGACUUUCUGAAGCUUCUUCAUAUUGACAAAAGAAGAGAAUAUCUUUAUCAACUCCAGGAGUUUUUGGUGACAGAUAAUAGUAGGAACUGGCGCUUUCGAGCUGAACUGGCAGAGCAACUGAUUCUCCUUCUCGAGCUGUAUGGUCCCAGGGAUGUCUACGAUUACUUACGGCCCAUCGCUCUGAGUCUGUGCGCAGAUAAAGUCUCUUCUGUUCGCUGGGUCUCCUACAAGCUGGUCAGUGAGAUGGUGAAGAAGCUCCACAUGGCAGCCCCACCCACGUUUGGAGUGGACCUCAUCAACGAGCUCGUAGAGAAUUUCGGUAGAUGCCCCAAGUGGUCCGGCCGGCAGGCCUUCGUCUUUGUCUGCCAGACUGUUAUUGAAGAUGACUGCCUUCCCAUGGACCAGUUUGCUAUGCACCUGAUGCCACAUUUGCUAACCUUGGCAAAUGAUAGGGUUCCGAAUGUCAGAGUGCUUCUUGCAAAGACAUUGAGACAAACUCUCCUAGAAAAAGAAUUUUUCCUGACCUCUGCCAGCUGUCACCAGGAAGCUGUGGAACAGGCCAUCAUGGCGCUCCAGAUGGACCGUGACAGUGAUGUCAAAUAUUUUGCGAGCAUCCACCCGACCAGUACCAAGAUCUCCGAAGAUGCCAUGAGCACAGCGUCCUCGACGUACUAGGGAGCUGGGACCUUGGUGUCUUUCCUGCUUCCCAGGGGCGCGAGGUGGGACAGGUGCUCAGCGUGGGUGUGACCUGAGACGCCUCUGGGAGGAAGCGAGACCUUCCUUUGUGGACUUACUGAUUGCAGGUGCAAGUUGCCUACACCAAUACCAGGGAUUUUAAGAGUCAAGAGAAAGUACAGUAAACACUAUUAUCUUAUCUUGACGUAAAGGGAAAAUGAUUUCUCAGAGGAUCAUAAUUGUCACCAAAGCCUUAAAUCCUUCUGUCUUCCUGACUGAGUGAAACUUGAAUUGUGGCAGAGCAUUUUCUUUAUGGAAGGGACGAAAUUCCCAGAGACCUGCACUGCUUCCUCCUGGCUUUCCUUAACAACUGAUAGACGGAAUCCUUCAGGCCAGAAGGUGGCUGUGCGCCUGCAUGUGAAAGAGACUCUCAGUGUGACCCCCUGACUGUCUCCAGGCAAAAGCAAGAACCUGCUGGGCUAGUGUGAAUAGUUUUUGAUGUGUAUAAAUGGGAAAGGAGAGGUUUUUUUUUUUUUUUUUUCUUUUGUUUUCUUUUUUUCCUCCUAAGGGCUUGAUGCUAACACUAAAGUAGAAUUUAACUUUUAAAUGCAGCAUAUUGCUGUACACAUUGAGACAUUGGCUGAGUAUCUAUGUCCCAAUUUUUCCCCCCCAUGCUGGUCAUGACCUGAAGGAAAUCUGUUAGCACGUCUGUAGUCUGUGCCAGGUGUUUUCACUGAUCAUGACGGGCUCUGAGGUGCGACUUUCUCUUCGCUUACUGUGUGUGUCUGUGGCUGCUCGCAGGAGUGGCACAGCCUUCAAUCAUGCUGUUCAAACUCUUCUGGCACAAGUUCUCUUGUCCAAAUAAAAUUUAUUAUUAAUGAUAUCUAUAUAGAAAGAUAUUUAUACUUUUGAUUGUUUUCUAGAUGUCUAUAAAUAAAUGCGCUUUGUGAGCUAUAUUAACAA